AUGGAUACUGAAAAGGUCAAAGCGGAAAGACCCAAGGUCUCCAAAGAGCGCCCCAGUCGCCGCAGCACGAAAGAGAGAGCACGCAGUCCGAACAACAAAAGUGAAAGAAGAGAGCAACGUGAUCGUGAAGAUCGUGAAGCCAAAGAUCGAGCUCGAAGGCGGCGAAGUCGUUCUGGAGGAGGCAACUCAGCUGACAAUGGUCUCGAAAGAAGUGAGCGGAGAAGUCGCCGCGCACGUGAAGAUAAGGCAGCCAAGGACAGGGCUCGGGCGAGCCGAAGUUCUGGUGUGGGAGCCAGCACAAUCGAACGCCGGGACCGCCAUGCAAAGGAAGACAAGGAAGCCAAAGAUCGGGCACGCGGGAGACGAAGUUCUCGAGAACGCAGCUCAAGACCUUCUCCUCAAGUAGGUGCUUUUAGCGAAACUGAUGAUCGUCGAACCUCGCGAAAGGCAUCCCGUCAAGGUAGCGUAAGGAAGGAUAGGGAUUCCAAAGCCAAAGAGAAAGGCAGACGUGGUCAGCAAGCAUCCAGGCCCGGUGUUGAGAGCGUUGCUUCGUCGUCGCAUAAGUCUCACCGCAAAGUCCAAGAGGAUACAACAAGACAAGACAAGGAACGCGGAAAGUUGGGCGAAGCAUAUGAUACUCCAACCAUCGAUGCUGAAGCGCCAGCCAAAGCGACGAAUGAUGAAGAUGAGUUCGCCGUGGAAGCUAUGGCUGUCGACGUGGAUGCGGAAGCAAACGAAGCAGCCAGAAAGCAGGAGGAGGAGAACAGACAACUGCGCCAGCGAAUGGACGAAAUGGCGGAAACUCAACGGGCCGCUGAGGAACAAGCCGCAACGAAGAAGGAAGACGCGAAAAAGCGAAAGCGCAAGAUCAUGUGUGCAGUAGCGGUCUUUAUCCUCGUGGUAGGUGGAGGUGUCGCUGCAUACUUGCUGACCAAGUCAUCAGAUGAAGAAUCCAUUUUGAGUGGUCCUCUUCUAGAACCCGCAAAUCCAGCGAAUGAGGCCACAUCCUCGCCUGUGGUCGAUGCAACUAGUUCUCCCAUUGGUGCUCGCACUACCAGCCCUAGUAGCACCCCUACCGUGGCUCUUUUGUUCGACCCUCCCUCUGAUGCCGAUUGCGUGGCAAUGAAAAAUGGCGAGGUCGUUGAAAACCAGGAUGAUAUGACUGAAUUUAGUUUUGCUGUUGGUAUGGAUGUGGCAUUUUCCAGCGAUGUUGAUUUCGAGAACGUAUUUGUGCCAGACCUGGAAAAGGCCAUUCAAGAGUACCUUGUACCAUCCUUGGCAAGGUGUCCAAGUGCCACAAGACGAAGGCUUCGCACUGUCGAUCCCAAUGCAUAUGUGAUAGGCAAUGCCAUUUCUACUGUAGAAUUCAAUCCAGACGAACCAUGUAAGGAGGAGAUGGGUGGUUCAGCUUGCUUUCGGGUCUCUAUCAAUCUCAGUGUCUUUGUGAAGGACGAGAUUGACCGCCUUAUCGUGAAAGUGACAACAUUGAUUGCAAAUGCUUUUGAUGCAGAUAAAAGUUCCAUCAUCGAUCUUCUGGAGUUGGGCCCACCCUACUUUCAAAUCCUUCUGGUUUCUAUCGGUUCGUUGGAUCCAACAAAUGCUCCCACUCUAAGCCCAUCAGCUGUUCCAACCGCCACAAUGAUUCCAUCGCAGACUCCUACAGGUAGCCCAACCAUGGCUCCCGUAGUUGGCCCUACCACGGAACGACCGACGGAAGUUCCAAGCUCCGCACCAACUACACAAGAACCUUCCUUGGUCCCUUCGGAGGCAACACCCAGCCCUACUGUCGCUGAUACUGUGGCGGAUACUGUCGCUGAUACCGUGGCGGAUACUGUCGCUGAUACCGUGGCGGAUACUGUCGCUGAUACUGUGGCAGAUACUGUCGCGGAUACUAUCGCGGAUACUGGGGAACCGACAGUGUCGGCUUCCAAUCCUCCGACGAAAGUAUCAUCUGCGCAACCCAGUAUCAGUCUUUCAUUGUCACCUUCCAGCAGUCCAUCCUCAAAACCAAGCAACUUGCCAAGUACCUCCCCAUCUCAAUUGCCGAGUGUGUCGCCCAGCGAACAACCGAGUUCAGCACCAUCCCAAUUGAUCUAUCCUAUAUCCUUUGGCCCCCAAACUACGUACGCAAAGGAUGGGCCAGGUAAUGAGGGAUGCUUGACUAAUGGUUACGCUUGCUAUUCUGAUGCUUGCGCAGGAGUAGUCCCAUUUCCGGGGUUCAGUCAGACGUUUGCCUCGUCUACUCGCGCAACUCCAUAUGCAGGUUUUGAUUGGGAAACCAAUCCACUUUGGAAAUUGGAAUAUGAACCUAGGGGAUGGGAUUGCUCAGCAAACUUUUGCGCUGGUCCAGACGAUUGUUGCUGGGACGAUGCCCUUAUGGGAGGCUCGCAGAUUGAUCUGACCGGGACGCCCUUCGUAUUCCAUUCUGACACAGGCUUCGGAUUGAAUGGAUUUGGAACGAAAACAAGAGUAUCAAUUGAUGGUACCCCUGUGAAAUACUUUUAUGACGUAGGAGGAACACUUGGCGUCACUGGUGGCAAAGUUCUGACAGUGAACUCUGGUGGAUACUGUGGUUUAACGCAAGUCUAUCCUAGAGUGACCCUCGAAAAUCUAAAUAAUACUUGA